AUGUCUUCUGUUAUUCUUCCUCCCGAUCCAUGCCUCCUUUCCAUCAUCCUCAUCACUUGUUCCCGAGCCGGCCCUAGAUUUGUCUACCAUUACCCCCCAGCUUUCCCACUAGACUCCCCUUCCUCACGGCGCAGCUCUGGUGCUAGGGCGAAUGUUGGAGGUGCCGACUCCAAUCUCUCAACUGACGGCGAAGAGGCCUCCAGUUCAGAAGAUGACGAGCUGGAAGAUCAAACUGGAGGACUUGGUGCUACACGACCUACUGAUAGAACUAUACGCCGCCCGUCGUCAGGUAGUCAGACUACCAGGUCGUCGACACAACACCAGGAAGGACCUCUAGGAAGCCCAGCUGUGGAAGGAGAUGGGGGUCUCCGUACCAACAGACGACCUGAAAGCCCAGGCGAGCGGCAAAUUCCGCCAUGGGACGUCUUUUUAGACAUCAAAACAGAUGUGUGGGAAAAAUUACUAUGUCCAGCGUCCUCCUGGCAUAAAAGGCGUUUUGAGGUCGGAGUAAAUGACCUCUCCUUUGUGGGAUGGCCGGUGUUUGUGAAAGAUGAUGGGAGCUGGAGAAAGAAGAAGAAAAAGAAGAAAAUGCCUCCUGAACAUGCCGGCAUGGGUAUUUCUGGAUUACGGUCUAUGUCACAGGCUGACCGUACAGGAAGUGCAAAGAAGGUCGACGGGUUUGCCUACUUCCAAAGCUCGCGUGAUGUGCCUGAUGGACCUAGUCGUUCGUCGACCGAGAGCACGACUGGAGAUGAGCACUCGUCUCUCAGUGAGAAUGGCGAUUCUAUGACUAUGUUCAACGUUGUCUUUGUGAUGAAUCCGCCAACCCUGGAGCAUAAUCAGCGGAUCAAAGAGAACUACGAUAAUGUCAUUAAGAAAUUUGGCAAGGGGCUCAAGUUUGAGCAAGCAACAGCGAAUUAUGUCUGGAAGGAGGCUCAGACUAUCACCCAUAUUAAAGAUAGAGCUCGAGAAAAUAGAUCGUCAAUGUCGGAGCUAUACGAUCAGCUAUUGUCCAAAUCUUCUCUAGCACAAGCAAUUGCGACAAUCUAUGAUAACAUAUCGACCUCAAAGAUAGCGUCUAUCACUCUUACACCAAGGACCACAAUGAGUCUCCAGAUACCGCCGCUUACGUCGACCCCAUACCUACCAGGUCCUACAGAGCCUUCUUAUCCAGGACUCUGGCUCACUACGGCAGACAGCCUUUCAGCCGCAGACGAGGUCGCAGAUGACGCAAAUGCCGGUCAAAGUAAGGUGCUGGCCAAACAUUUCGCAUUGCUUUUGCUCAGUGAUGAGACAACUAUACUGAAGGACAUUGAGAAUUCAAUGGGGACUUUGGGGCCUCCGCUGGCGCAUUAUAUCCGCUCGUCAAAGCCAACCAAGUCGUUUGCACAGAUUGCUACCACUUCCUCUAUUCCGCUGAGCGAUAUCCAAGUCCUGGCGACUCACCUUAUUUACUGGCGGCGAGCUCGAGCUGUGCCGCCACUCAACAAACAAGACACCUAUAUUGUUUCUCCAAAUUGUGAUCUGAGUAAAUUAGCAGUCGCGACAACGGUAUAUGAAGCGGCAUUUCCCACCCUUCCGAGCCUCGCAAAGAUGUUAACGAUGCUAAGCGGGGUACCACGACCCUAUUCCAGCUUCAUCCCUAGCAGAGACCAUAAAGGAAUUUACUAUGAUAUCCUUGCGUGGUUAAUGCGGGGAGGUUGGGUAACACAGCUUCGCACAUUUGGAUGGAUAAAGGUGGACCCGGAGAUAAAGAAAGAAGCCGAUGAGGCGAUAAAACGAGAAGAAGAUCUCGUUUCGUCUACUGCAACCAUUGUCAGGGCAAAAAGGCCUCAACUUAGCAACGAUACAUCCUCGUCGUCCUCGUCUUUGGACAGCGACAACAGUAGCGGGACGCCUGUUCCAGGACGUCAUGCAUACUUCCACGAAGGGUAUCUGAAUAGACGCAGCUCGCCGCGGACUUCAUCUCUAAUUCUCCGGCCGCAACGCGCGUCCCCAAUAGAGGGACGGUGGCUUGAUGAGAUUAUCUCGCGGUUCCCCGACGACUGCAUCUCAGAAAUCCAGAAUGAUGGAGAAAACUCCGAAAGCGAAGCGCCUAUUCACAAAUAUUGGAGCACUCUCACGAAGUACUUCAACGGUACGGAUGCACUGGAGAAGAUAGCCGUGCGGGAAGGACUUAGUCGCAAACUAGCGUCGAGGCUCCUGACGCGGAUCGACAUCAACGAGAGCCCAGAAGACGGCGACGUGAAUUCACAAGAGAAGGUCUUGCUGACCGUCCGACAUUGGUAA